ACCACAUUGAACACUACCACCACAUUAAGCACCUACCACCGCAUUGAGCCCCUUUCCACCACAUUGAGCCCCUACCACCACAUUGAACACCUACCACCACAUUGAACACCUACCACCACAUUGAACCCCUACCACCACAUUGAACACCUAACACCACAUUAAGCACCUACCACCACAUUGAGCCCCUACCACUACAUUGAGCCCCUACCACCAUAUUGAGCCACUACCACCAUAUUAAGCCCCUAGCACGUCGUAACAGAGCAGGUGACAAUGAGUGAUCACCAAAAGGAAACAACGGCAUUGUUGGGGUACAGGUGGGGGGUGGAUAUACCCCCUAGAGUCACCCACACCCCUCCUACACCCCCCAGGAGCGUGUUUGAAGUACCGGAAGCUUCACCCAUGUUCAGUAAGAGAGAGGACAGCUCACCAGGCAUCAACAUGGUUACUGCGGUCUGCUACAUUCUGGGAGUGUUUGGUGUAGUCCCCAUAGUAUCACUGCCUGGCGCCAUCAUAUACUGUGGUUGGUCUGGGUUCGUGCUGUUUGGAGUCCUCGUCUUGAUAGAAGUGUACACGGCUGUGUUGUUGUGUCGGUCAUGGCUUAUGAUGGAGGUGUUCUGGCCCAGGGAAGCCGUCAUACAGCGCAG